UUUCGUAUUCACUUCUAGUCAUUCAUUAGUUUUGAAAAUAUUUUGUUUCAAAAUAUAUUGUUUCAAAAAUGCGAGCAUUUUAUUGCCGUACCCAUCGAUCCCUCCAAAUGGAUUUAUUGAACACUAUUUUACUCAUCAUAUUCAUCACACAUUUCACAUUUGUCGACUCGUGCGGAUACCCCGGGUCUCCAGCGCACGCCUCUGUCUCGUUAACUACCGAUUCCAUACGGAACGGCACUAUCGCCACAUAUACUUGUGAUAACGGCUACGAACUACUGGGGCCCUCACGCCGGACAUGUACCGGAGCCAAGUGGGAACCGGCGGGCAUUCCCUUCUGUGUACUGAAUGUCGCGGUUGGAAAGGCAGCGAUGCAAUCAUCAACCGUAGGACAGGGAUCAGCUCAGAAAGCAGUCGAUGGAAGCACAAGUAGUUUCUAUAACACCAACACCUGUACGAUGACUGAGGCCGAGCGCAACCCCUGGUUCUACGUUAAUCUUCUGGAACCAGUUCUCGUACAGUUGGUGCGAAUAGACUUCGGUUCUUCGUGCUGUUCCAACAACAGACCCGCUGUUAUCACAGUGAGGGUCGGCAACAACAGACCAGAUCUGGGCGUUAAUCCCGUCUGUAAUAAAUUCACCGGUUUUCUGGAGGAGGGCCGACCGCUGUUCCUGCCCUGUGCCCGUCCAAUGCCCGGCGCUUUUGUUAGCAUAACCCUCGAGUCGGCUGGAAAUCCUCUAUCGAUUUGCGAGACUUUUGUGUACACCGAUCACGCCCUAUCGAUAGAGCAGUGCCCGUCAUUUAGGGACCAGCCUUUGGGCAGCACUUCCACAUACAAUGGGAAGUGUUAUAUAUUUUACAACAACCAGCCCCUCAACUUCGACAGCGCCCGCAGAUUCUGUGAAGUGAGAGGCGGUAGUCUUGUGGACGAGACCUCACCCGCACUGCAAGGCUUUCUAAGUUGGGAACUGUAUAGAAGACACAGGAAUGACCCCAACGGACAGUACUGGUUGGGGGCCCUCAGAGACCCUAAGACUCCGGCCAAUUGGAAAUGGAUUAAUGGGAAAGACGUUACGAUUUCCUUCUGGAAUUUACCGGCAAAUAAAGAUAAUUGUUCCCGAUUUGAUGGCACAAAGGGCUGGCUUUGGUCCGAUACCAACUGCAACCUGAACCUCAACUUUGUUUGCCAACACAGACCACUGUCUUGUGGUAAACCCGAACGGCCGCCAAACUCUACUAUCUUAGCCCGAAAUGUGGACAUCGGAUCAGUUAUUGAAUAUCGCUGUUCCGAUGGAAACCUAUUGAUUGGUCCCAACAUUCGGACGUGUCUUCCAAAUGGAUUUUUUAGCGAAUUUUCUCCGAAAUGCAAAUACCUGGAGUGCGGAUUCCCUGCUUCUAUAACUAAUGGACAGUAUAUCCUAUCCAAUAACUCGCGGGCAUAUCUAAAUUCAGUGAACUACUCGUGCAAAGAGGGUUACGUAUUGGUAGGUCGGGGUAAUCUGGUCUGUGAUGUGGACGAGAGAUGGAAUGGACCGCCGCCCAGAUGUGAGCCCGUCAUCUGCCCCAACCCUCCGAUUAUAGCCAACUCUGUGGUCAGAAUUUCUGCCAAUAAUACUAUAUUCGGAGCGAUUGCUGAAUACACGUGCGAUGAGGACUACGAACUGAUGGGAGAGUCGCGCAUCAUCUGCAAUGUGGCCGGUUUUUGGGACGGAGAGCCCGGAUAUUGUCGAGAUAAGAGGCCGUCGUCUACCAGUUCCACAUCGACCACAACUCGUGGGACAACAUCUACGACCACGACUACACGUAAGACGACCACUACAGCGCCGACGUCUUCGCGCACUACACAGUCGUGGCCUAUAAUAGACCGACAGUUGCCUGCGUCCAGAGGCCCACAGAUAUCACUAAUCCCUAUCUCAUCGACACCUCCUCCUCAGUCGUCAUACAUAAACACGAAGCGAACGAACGUCUAUUCGACGAGUAGUUACAGUCCGACCACAACCACGACGACGACCACUACUCGAAGGCCGACACCAAAGAGUCGAACCACUCGUCCGACAAUCUAUAGGACUCAAGACAAUGAGAUAAAUGACAGUCUCUUGCGAUCCAAUACCAAAGCGGCGACCGCUCGCCUCAAUAUGGGAGGCAUUAUAGCGCUGGCAGUGUUCGGGGGCUUUGUAUUCCUGGCGGCCGUCAUCACUAUUGUCGUCAUAAUAGUCCGGAGGUUGAAGAAUAGUCACAAUGCAUUAGACGCUCAAACGAUCAGCACAUUUGACAGUUCGGGAGAUAAUUCUGGUUUCUAUCACAAGUACGCGUCCGCCUGGUCUCAGCUCCAGUCCAAUGGCAUUCACUCGGGAUCCUAUAAACCUGGCUUAGCCCGCAUCGACCCAUCAUAUGAUCAUCACAACCACCAGAGGCUCAAUAGGGGAACCAUUAACGAGGGCUUCCGUGAGGCCAACGAAAUCACUCUCAACGCAGACGUCGCCGCUCUAUACUCGCGGCCCGACAAACGCUAUAAGAGACCCGAUCCGGACGGACAGUCCCAUUGGCAGCACAACAGGAAAUAUUAAAUUAUGUGCAAAAUAGGCUCUAAAUUGGGUUAUUUAAUGGGGAAAAUGAUUACUAAAAAUUGUUGUUUUGAGCGCUUUUUUGAUAAGUUUAUUUGAAAUUUAGGUCUAAUUUUUUAGAGUUUUUAUCAAAUUUUUAU